AUGUUUAGUAAUAAAGUUUGGGUUUUAGAGAGUGAUAAUUUUAUAAAAGGCAUAAUUACAGAUGGAAACAAUUAUAUAAGUGAAGAAAAUGGUCGUAAAUUGAAUGGACAAGUAUGGGAAAGAUGUGAAGAUGUUUAAGCAGACAUGGUUAAUCUGGCAAUAAUUAAUGAUCCAUAACUUUUAUAUAAUUUAAGUGAGAGAUAUUAAAAAGAUUAGAUUUUUACAUAUGUUGGACCAACUUUGAUUGUUAUUAAUCCAUUUAAAAGUCUUAAUGUUGAUCUUCAAGAAUAUGUAGAAUAUAUUAUUAGAAAACGUCAUAACUAUAAAUCUAUUUCACCUCAUACAUAUGCUAUAGCUGCAUAUGCAUUUACUAAAUUAAAUGAAAAAACAUAAGCUAUUGUUAUAUCUGGAGAAAGUGGAGCAGGUAAAACUGAAAAUGCAAGAUAUUGUCUCAAUCUAUUAACAAGUGUUAAUUCUGAAGAAACUGAAUUAUCUGAUAAAAUUAUGGGAUGUAAUCCUAUACUAGAAGCAUUUGGUAAUGCUAAAACUAUUAGAAAUAAGAAUUCAAGUAGAUUUGGUAAAUAUACAAGACUUUUUGUUAAUUAAAAAUAAUAGAUUAUUGGUGGAGAUAUUGUUAAUUAUCUAUUAGAAAAAAGUAGAGUUGUCUCACACUCUAAAACAGAUAGAAAUUUUCACAUUUUUUAUUUAUUAUUUGGAAAUACAAAAUAUUAACGAUAAAACUUUAAUUAUUUAGGUAAUGAUAAUUAUUUCAGUUAAAAGUUUUAUGAUGAAUUAAUCUAAGCAUUCUAAACUGUUAAUAUUAAUGCUGAUAAUAUAUUUUAAAUUGUUUAUUCUGUUUUAUUGAUUGGAGAAUUAUAAUUUGAUGAUUCUAAUUAUGGAAACACUACUCCUUGUACUAUUUUAAAUUUAAAUCUUUUAAAAUAAAUAUGUUAAUUAUUAGAUUAUGAUCCAGAUGAUAUUAUUAAAGCCUUAACUUAUAAAUAAGCUAUUUAUGGAAAAGAAAAGAUAUUAUCACCAAUUAAAUUACUUGAUUGUUUAAGAAUUAGAGAUUCUUGGGCUAAAGAAAUUUAUGAAAGAUUAUUUAAUUGGAUUAUAGAAAAAUUAAAUGAAACUUUAACUACUAAACAAGAUAAAACAACAUAUAUAGGAUUAUUAGAUAUUUAUGGUUUUGAAGUUUUUGAUAAUUUUAAUGGAUUUGAAUAAAUGAUGAUUAAUUAUUCAAAUGAAAGACUUCAUUAAUUAUAUAUUGAAUAUGUUUUCAAAGAAGAAAAAAAAAUAUUUAUUAGAGAAGGUCUAGAAAAAUAUGUUGAUAGUAUUAAAUUUGAAGACAAUACUUAAUUAAUAGAUUUAUUUGAUAAACCUCCUAUUUGUUUAUUUAAUCUUAUUGAUUAAGCUUGUAGAUUAAAUUAAACUGAUUAAUAAUUAUUAUAAUCUUUUCGAAAAGAACUCAAAUUCCCUAAUUCUUAAAAACCUAACUUUACAAUUAAGCAUACUGCUAAAGAUGUAGAAUAUACAUGUAAAGAUUUUGUUGAAAAAAAUUAAGAUGAAAUUCCUUAAUUACUAUUAGAAGCAAAAUGUAAUAGUUAAAUUGUUUAAUUAUAACCAAAACCUAAAUCUAUUGUUGUUAAAAUUAAAAAUGAAAUGAAAAGUUUAAUGACAGAAUUGUAAUCAUGUGGAGUUCAUUUCAUUAGAUGUAUCAAACCAAAUGAUGAAUUGGUUCCUAAUAAAUUAGAUUAUAAAUAUGCCAUGAAAUAAAUUAGAUAUUUGGGUGUUUUAGAUUCAUUAAAAGUAAGAAAAGAAUCAUUCCCUAUAAGAGUAGAUUUUUGGAGAUUUUAUUUAAAAUAUAGAUUCAUUCAAGAAGGCGGAUUCUAAGAUCCACUUAAUAAAGAUUAUAAAACAUUAGAUUUUAAAAUGUUUUAAGAAUAAUUCAGUGAUUUGUCAAAAAAAUUAUAUUUAUUUGGAAAUACAUAAAUCUUUAUUUAAGAAAUAGGAAUGGCUUAAAUUGAUAAAAUAUACACUUCAUUAAUGAAGGAGAAAAAUGAAAAGGCUAGAUUUAUUUAAUAGGCCUUUCGAAAAUGUUAAUUAAGAGAUAAAUUUAAGAAAUUUAUGAAAAUGAUAAAAAGAGUUGCAAAAUAAAUUAAGAGAAAGUUAAGAAAAAUAUAAUUUAGAAAAAAAAUGAAAGCAGCUGCCCUUAUAUAAAAAUUCUUUUUUUAGUAUUUAGUGAGAAAAAAAUAAAAGUUAUUUAAAAAAUAAAUUGAUUAUUUACAAAAAGCAAUUUUAAACAAAGUGAUUUAAAAUCGGUUUUAGAAAAUAUUGGAUUAUAUAAGGAAAAUAUAGAAGAACUUCAGAAUCAGUAGAAUUUAAAAGAGAAUAAUGAAAUUGGUACACAUUAGAAGAAUAUUAAAUGUUGUUAUUGAAAAAUCUUGGGAAUAAAUAAGACAUAAAGCUGCAAUAAUAAUAUAAAAAUAUUAUAGAGGCUAUCAUACAAGAAAAUUACAUAAAAAGGAAAUAGAAUAGAUCAAAGAAGUUGGAAGAAAAAUAAGAAUGGAAAAAAGAAUAAAAACCAUAUAAAGAUGGGCUAGAGGAUAUAUUAUAAGAGCAAGAUUAAGCAAAAUGCAUGAAGCAGCCUAUUUAAUUUAAGGAUAUUUUAGAAUGAAACAUUUAAGUUGUGUAUUUUAGAGAAUGAGAUAGGCAGCAGUAAUAAUAUAAAGAAGAUUUAGAAUGAUAUUACCUAGAAGAAGAUAAUUAAAAUAAUAAUAUGAUUAAUAUAUUUUACCAUUAGAACAAUAGUUAUAAUAAUAGAAAUUAUAAGAGGAGACUGAUUUAUUUGGAUUAAAAAUGGGUUAAAAAACAGAUUACGAUUCAGCAUUAAUAUUAGGUAUGGAAUCAUUAAUAUCUCCUAAAAUAUAUUUAUUUGCUUUUAUUAUCGAUUUAGAAAUAAUUUCAGAUACUUCUGAUAGCUAUAAUGGAUCAUUUGCAUCAAGUUAUAAAGAUUUAUUUAUUUAAAGUUUUGAAAAAGAAAAUCCUUUACAAUAUAUUUAAGUAGGAGAAAAUACAACAUUAGGUGCUUGCUGCAAUAAAUUAUAUGGUUGGGGUUUAAAUGAUNAAGAAAAGAAUCAUUCCCUAUAAGAGUAGAUUUUUGGAGAUUUUAUUUAAAAUAUAGAUUCAUUCAAGAAGGCGGAUUCUAAGAUCCACUUAAUAAAGAUUAUAAAACAUUAGAUUUUAAAAUGUUUUAAGAAUAAUUCAGUGAUUUGUCAAAAAAAUUAUAUUUAUUUGGAAAUACAUAAAUCUUUAUUUAAGAAAUAGGAAUGGCUUAAAUUGAUAAAAUAUACACUUCAUUAAUGAAGGAGAAAAAUGAAAAGGCUAGAUUUAUUUAAUAGGCCUUUCGAAAAUGUUAAUUAAGAGAUAAAUUUAAGAAAUUUAUGAAAAUGAUAAAAAGAGUUGCAAAAUAAAUUAAGAGAAAGUUAAGAAAAAUAUAAUUUAGAAAAAAAAUGAAAGCAGCUGCCCUUAUAUAAAAAUUCUUUUUUUAGUAUUUAGUGAGAAAAAAAUAAAAGUUAUUUAAAAAAUAAAUUGAUUAUUUACAAAAAGCAAUUUUAAACAAAGUGAUUUAAAAUCGGUUUUAGAAAAUAUUGGAUUAUAUAAGGAAAAUAUAGAAGAACUUCAGAAUCAGUAGAAUUUAAAAGAGAAUAAUGAAAUUGGUACACAUUAGAAGAAUAUUAAAUGUUGUUAUUGAAAAAUCUUGGGAAUAAAUAAGACAUAAAGCUGCAAUAAUAAUAUAAAAAUAUUAUAGAGGCUAUCAUACAAGAAAAUUACAUAAAAAGGAAAUAGAAUAGAUCAAAGAAGUUGGAAGAAAAAUAAGAAUGGAAAAAAGAAUAAAAACCAUAUAAAGAUGGGCUAGAGGAUAUAUUAUAAGAGCAAGAUUAAGCAAAAUGCAUGAAGCAGCCUAUUUAAUUUAAGGAUAUUUUAGAAUGAAACAUUUAAGUUGUGUAUUUUAGAGAAUGAGAUAGGCAGCAGUAAUAAUAUAAAGAAGAUUUAGAAUGAUAUUACCUAGAAGAAGAUAAUUAAAAUAAUAAUAUGAUUAAUAUAUUUUACCAUUAGAACAAUAGUUAUAAUAAUAGAAAUUAUAAGAGGAGACUGAUUUAUUUGGAUUAAAAAUGGGUUAAAAAACAGAUUACGAUUCAGCAUUAAUAUUAGGUAUGGAAUCAUUAAUAUCUCCUAAAAUAUAUUUAUUUGCUUUUAUUAUCGAUUUAGAAAUAAUUUCAGAUACUUCUGAUAGCUAUAAUGGAUCAUUUGCAUCAAGUUAUAAAGAUUUAUUUAUUUAAAGUUUUGAAAAAGAAAAUCCUUUACAAUAUAUUUAAGUAGGAGAAAAUACAACAUUAGGUGCUUGCUGCAAUAAAUUAUAUGGUUGGGGUUUAAAUGAUAUGAGUUAAUUAGGUUUUACUUAGGAUAAUGAAAAACAUAUUCCAACUUAAUUAAAUUUUACGGGAAAGAUAAAAAGUAUAUCUAUGGGAUAAAAUCAUUGUUUAUUAUAAUAGAAUGAUAAAAAGUUAUUUAUAUGGGGAAGCGUUCAACAUAAAUAUAUUUAACACCCAAAGUUAUUACAUGAGAAUGUUGAAUUUAUAAAAGCUUAUAGAAAUAGAAUUUUAUAUAUAUCAGAAGGUAAAGUUUAUGAUUAAUUAAAAUAAAUUUAAAUGGCUGUGAAAAUAAAUUCAUUAUCUUGUGGAAGUGUAUUUACAAUGUUAUUAAGUGAAAAUGGAGCAUUAUAUUGUUAUGGUUAAAAUGAAAAAGGUUAAUUAGGAUUAGGAGAUAAUAAAGCAAGAGAUCAUGUCGAAAGAUUGCCAUUAAAUGAAAAGAUUAUUUAAAUAGAAUGUGGAUUUAAACAUGUUAUUGCUUUAAGUUCUUUAAAAAAAGUAUUUGUUUGGGGGUGUAAUUAAUUUGGUUAAUUGGGUACUGGUGAUUUUCAGAAUCUUAAUAAACCUAAAUAAUUAUAAAUUAAUGGAGAUUAAGUUAUGGCUGGAAUGAAAUGUUCUUGUGUGAUAAACAAAUAAUUAUAUUGGUGUGGUACAAAUGGCACAAUUAUUAUGUAGUGCCAUUUCAAACCAUUUAUUUAAAAAUGCAAUUAUCUUAAUAGAAAAGAAUAUUAAAUUGUUAGAGUGCUCAGUUCUUAUUCAAAUAAUAUAUCAAUUAUAUUUUGCACUUAUGCAUGUAUACGUGGACUAUUUGAUAAUAAUUUAGGGAAAGGCUUUUAAGUUAUUAAACAAUUAACAACAAACUGGGUAUAAAGUGGAGUUUGGACAAUUGACCCACCCUAUGUUGAAAGUUUGAGUAAUUAUAUGUGUGAGAAACAUCAAACUAAAACUAGUAAAAUUAUUUCUAAUGGAAAUUAAAUCAAUCAUUAGAAAAUAAUAUAAAAGAAAUAACAAUUACAGUAAAUUUAAUCUUUACCAUAUGAAAAAUUGUGUAAAAUAGAUUUAGAUUUAUAUUUUUGA